AUGUUUGUUAGUUUGGCAGCUGGAGCAUUGUUUUAUGCAUCUGGUAAAGUCGUGCAUGGUUUUGGAAGAGGAUCAAAACAGCUGGGAAUUCCAACUGCAAAUCUUGAAGAAUCUAUUGUUACUGAAAUACCAGACUCAACUAAAAAUGGUAUUUACUUCGGAUGGGCUAAAUUGAGCAACACUCCAGUGUAUAAAAUGGUGAUGAGUAUUGGAUGGAAUCCUUAUUUUAAAAAUAUCAAGCGUUCUGUGGAAGUCCAUAUACUCCAUAGAUUUGAGGAGAAUUUCUAUGGUGACACAAUUGAAGUAAUUGCCGUUAAGUACUUCAGACCUGAAUAUGACUUUCCAAGCAUUGCGGAUUUAAUUAAACAAAUACAUACAGAUAUAUGUGAAGCUAAUUUAUUCCUUGAUAAAUCAGAAGCUUUGGUCUGGAAUACCAUACACUAUACUACUACUACUACUACUACUACUACUACUACUACUACUACUACUACUACUACUACUACUACUACUACUACUACUACUACUACUACUACUACUACUACUACUACUACCUUGUUUUCAGUAGUCUCUGAAUUACUGAUUAGUAUUAUUUAA